AAGAAUCCACAUCUAUUGCACAUUAAUAUGGAAGAAGGUGCUGUAGCAACAGACAUUGCUUCUAAAGAUGUCACAGAGUGGACGGGCAAUAAAAGCAGCAAGUGUAAAAUGCCGUUGUCAAACUCUGCCAGAUCUAGAGAUUGGAGGAAAAGGAAGAAGGAGGAAACUAAACAGAUGAUGUGUGAAUUGGCGCAGUCAAAGGACGAAAUCAAGAAGUUAAAAGGAGACUUUGAGCUUUUCUAUCAACGUUUUAAUAGUCUUCGUCAAGAGAACGAUGAGCUGAAGAAAAGUCACAAGGAGAGAGAAAAGCAUGUAGAAAACCUUCAACAGUUGCUCAUCAAUAGUAACAAUUCUCAGGCAGAAAAUGAGCAUCUCACAAUCCGAAUUGCUGAUCCAGAGAAUGCAAUGAAAGAUAGAAACGAAAAGCUUCUGAAGGAGAACGCACGAUUGAAGCAGGAAAAUGGCAUGCUUAUUAAUUAUGUACUUUUUCUGAAAAAUAAUGAUAGAUGAGAAUCCUAUUGAGGAACGAAACUGAAGACAGUAAAUCAGGGGCCAAUCCAAGGUGUUGCUACUUCAAGCCGAAACUGAUUAUAUAAUCGUAAUGAAACUGAUUAUAUUAUGGUAACGAGUAUUUCGAGUUUUGUUGAUGCAUGUUGGGAUUUUAUUGUCUGAGUGCUUUUUGUAAGGAUAUUGUGAUUGACAAGAAUAAAAAAACUCGUCUGUUUAU